CCGCGGUCAGUUGAGUGCAUAGUGUGGUGGUGUAUGGUGUGUAUUACGUUUUGUCUCGUUGCAUAAUCGUUUAAAGCAGCAAGCGUGAGGGAGAGGAGAAAACUGAUAGGAUAAAUCGCACAGGAAAAUACAAUCGUGUCUCACGCUACCAUUAAUCCCGCCACACUGUCUGACCCUGAUCAGGUGAUAUGCCGAAGAGUGGAAACAAAUAUUGCUAGUACCAAAAAAGGUUCAAGCGGAUCUUCCAUUAACAAUUCGAUAACGAACAACAAUCUUGAUACGGCGAACAUGUCGACGGUGCAGUCUAGUGCUGCUUCUCCGGGGAUCGUUCACGUUUUACCCGUGCUGAGCUACCUCAAAUAUGAGCAUUUCCUUGCCGGCAUAUCUGGCGGUGUAGUGUCAACGUUGACGCUGCAUCCGCUGGAUUUACUCAAGACCAGAUUCGCAGUGAGCGAUGGCCAUUCAGAUAGGUCUAAAGAGUACAAAAGCUUGCUAGGCGCAUCCAAACAAAUUUUGAAGACUGAAGGAGUGGGAGGACUUUACAAAGGUAUAGUACCAAAUGUUAUAGGAUCUGGAAGUGCAUGGGGCUGCUACUUCCUUUUCUACAAUACCAUUAAAUCAAAGAUCCAAGGGGGAGACGUCGAGAAAGCUUUAGGACCUUUGAUGCACAUGUGUGCUGCAGCAGAAGCUGGAAUUCUUACUUUAAUUAUAACAAAUCCACUUUGGGUAGUAAAGACACGUUUGUGUUUGCAAUACAAUGAGGAUGUGAAUCUUCCGGAAUCGAAAAGGUACAAAGGCACAAUAGAUGCAAUUAGGAAGAUUUAUUUAACAGAUGGAAUCAGGGGCUUCUACAAGGGCUUUGUUCCUGGAAUGUUAGGUGUUUCACAUGGUGCCAUUCAGUUUAUGGUGUAUGAAGAAUUGAAAAACCGUUACAAUAGGUAUUUGAAUGUUGCAAUUGACACAAAGCUGGCUCAGCAGUAUUAUAUCAUCUUCGCGGCUAUUUCAAAAUCGAUAGCAGCAGGUCUAACUUAUCCAUAUCAAGUUGUCAGAGCACGUCUUCAAGAUCAUCACCAUGAUUACAAAGGCACCAUUGACUGUGUUCAAAAGAUAUGGAGGUUUGAGGGGUGGCGUGGAUUUUACAAAGGUUUGAGCGCGAACCUGGCCAGAGUGGUCCCGGCGACGGUGAUCACGUUUAUGGUGUACGAAAACGUUUCUCGGUUCCUUCGUCGCUGGAGGGAUGAAGACAGAACAUCGCUGCCUCUUAUAGUGAAGGAGAUCGAGAAUUAAAUAAUUAUUUGAUUCAAGUCAACACUGCCAAUUGAUCGAAACAGAAUGGUUCAAUUAUUCAGUUUUGCCGCUUUAAUUUAAAUGGAGCACCCCGGAAGUCGAGUGUUCCAAUUAAAUUAGAGUUUUAAUAAAAAUUUGAAAAUUAACUGUAUUGCAUUUUGACUCGAAAUAAUUUAUUUAUUUAAAGUUUCGCUAUUUCAAUUUAAGCGGAGCACCCCGGAAGUCGAAUCGUAUCUCGAAAAAGAAACUCCAGUUUGAAAAAUGGUAAAAGACUUGUUGAUUUUUUUUUUACCAUAAAGAACUCGCAGUUUUCAUGGUGUUUUUAAUCAAUUGGCAAAGUUUGAAUAAUUGUCAUGUUUAUGCUCGACGAAAAUUUUGGUUAAAUUGCAGAAGAACGGAACAACAUGCAUUUAAUUAAUUCCAAUCAUUUAACGAGUUGCAUCUGCAAGAUAUAGACGAAAUUUUCUUUCACAAACAUCGUACUUGUAUCCAUAUGGUUAUCGUGUACGAUCAGACCCCAUAUUGCAUCGUUAUUAUUGAAAGCAAUUGUAAAUACAGCAACCGAAUUGUUACCAUUGAUCAGAAUUUCAUUUAUCUCGAGUUUUUUCGAACGUUAUCGAUUUUACACUAUUUCCCUGUGAAUUGUUCGAUCGGAAAUGAUUGAAACGCACACUACGUACACAAAAUUGCGAAUUUUACAAAGUGGAAUUGUAACAAGCGUUGGAAACAUUGUACGGUUGUUAAGUUUCACUUAAUUCGUACCAAUUCGAUUAUCUUAAAUUGUAUUUAUUUUCAAUUGGUUCGAACAACAAUACAUAGGAUAAUUGAAAAAAAAAAAUUGUAUCCAUCGGUGCGAAACAAAAUUGGAUGCAGUUUCAGUUUUAAUUCCUUUGAAAUGAAUUUUCAUGCCAACUUUUUAUUAUUCUAAUUAACGAUUGUAUGACGUGAAUGAUACUUGUAAACACUUGUUAAAAUAUUCAUAAAUCCGGAACACUUUAGUUCCUGAAUCAUGCGUAUUUAUUAUUAAACUCUGGAUUUAUGAUUUAUUUAUACCGAGGCGAAAGCAUCAGUAAACUUUUGCUGUUAAUUGUCAUGCAGAAUCAUUUUAAUAUUGUAUCCAUCAUCAAUGCUUAAUAGGAUACGUGACUUAAUACUCUUUAUUUAUUUCAUGUAAUUGCGACGAUAUCUUAAUGCGUACAGUUUCGAUGUUUAUUCAAAAAUCAUUUGCAGUGACUGUAUGAGAAGUUUCAAUCUUCUGAAAAAUAUGAUGGGUAAUUAGAUGCUUGUUACGUAGUACGUAAGUAUCUUCAUUUCAUUUCUUUGUGGGAUAAGAAUUAAUUAAGCCUCUCGCUUAUAAAAAAAAAUGAUUAACGUGAAAA